GCUUCAACCAUCUCCAAACCCAAAGCUUUUGAAUCAGUUCAACCAUGGCUUCUUUACGGCCAACAUUUUCAUCUACAAUACCCCAUUUUUUCAAAGUUAUUCUUGAUGACACAUCGAGAGACACCAAACUUAAAGUUCCGAUGAAAUUUGUGAUGAAAUAUGGAGAAGAGUUAUCAAGUCCAGUAUAUCUUAGACUUCCAUGUGGUUCAGAAUGGGAAAUAGAACUGAGAAGAUGUAAUGGUGAGGUUUGGUUUGAGAAGGGUUGGCCGGAGUUCUCCAAGUUUUACUCUCUUGACUACGCUUUUUGGCUUGUUUUCGGGUAUGAAGGGAAUUCAAGAUUCCACGUCUUCAUAUUCGAUAGAAGUUGCACAGAAGUUGACUAUCCCAUAAAAUUGCCGGACAAGGAAAAAACCGAUUACGAAGAUGACGAGUCGGUUGAAAUCUUGGAUGAUUUUCCCACAAGCCGAAGAAGAAAAGGGGAGAGAUAUUCAUCUUUACCAUGUCCUUUGCCUCCGAAGAAAAAAAGAAAGAGCUAUUCAAGGAUGCAUCCAUUGACUGAAAAAGAUAAAGCUAUAGCUCUUCAGAGAGCAAUUGCUUUCAAAUCUGAAAAGCCUCACUUCAAAGUUGCCAUGCAGCCCUCCUACAUAUUCGGCAAUUUGGUAAAUACCCUUGCACAAGUAAUAAUCUAA